GUUUUUCUGCCUAACUUGGAGAAACUAUAUCUCCAACGAAUCAGUGUGGUGCACAUAGUAGACUACCAAAUGCAAGGAUGGUCCUUCCACAAACCAAGAGGCUUGGAUGUGUCGUAUUGUGAAAAGGUUUUCAAUGUUGUUGCACCUGGUCAGCAAAAACUAUUUCCAAAUCUUGAAUUCCUUCAUGUCGAUGAUUGUUGCGAACUGGAAGCGGUGUUUAACUUCGAGGGGUUAACAACUAGGAGAGAUCAUGCUGAAGUCACACUUGGUCAGUUGGAGUUGAUGAGCCCCGAUUCGAUUGGGUCAGACCCAAGUAAUUAAAUAAGCCCAAAUUUGUUACAUGGCAGUUCAAACUUAGUUCAUGGAUUCGGCCUAUACUAGAGUUCAAGGAGUCCAAGAAGAUUAGCGUA